AUGGCCGAAGAGGAACCUAAGAAGGUGACGGAGACCGUUACCGCCGUGUCGGAACCAGCUUUUUCGCCAAAGGCUCCGGCGGCGAAACCUGUACCUGCGGCGGAUUUUGUUCCUCAGGAGAAGCCUUUGGCGGGUCCACCACCGGCUCUUCCAUCUCCGGCUCCGGUGGAGGAGAAACCAGAGGACUCCAAGGCUCUUGUUCCCGUCAGCCCUAAUGCUGUUCUGGCUAGAGUUGAGACAGAGAAGAGGAUGUCACUUAUCAAAGCUUGGGAAGAGGCUGAGAAAUGCAAAGUCGAGAACAAAGCUGAGAAGAAGCUUUCUUCAAUUGGAUCAUGGGAGAACAACAAGAAAGCAGUUGUGGAAGCUGAGCUCAAGAAAAUGGAGGAGCAAUUGGAGAAGAAGAAAGCACAGUAUGUUGAGCUGAUGAAGAACAAAAUAGCUCAAAUUCACAAACAGGCAGAAGAGAAGAGAGCGAUGAUCGAAGCUCGACGAGGUGAAGAGGUUCUCAAAGCUGAGGAAUUAGCUGCCAAGUACCGCGCCACUGGAACCGCCCCGAAAAAGCUUUUCGGAUUCAUAUGA